CAUCACAUAUUUUAAUCUGUCGACUUUGAAACUUCGCGUUGAGCUGUCUGGGAGCAGUCAGAUUGCAUUUGUUUAGUCAAUUGCGCUAGCUAAAUCGCUCGUUGUACAAUGCCGCAAGACAAGGCUCUGGCUGGCGCGUUGGGAGGUGACCCGCGGCGGCCAGACCAAGUUACGGCCUGGAAGCGCCCGGCUCCGGAUGAAGAGAAGCUUGAGCCGCUGGCCACGGCGGGCAUGGUGCUGGGCCUCGUCGGCAUGUUCCUCAAAAUGCGUAUCUUCUCCUAUCUGGCUCUGGCCUUCAUCAUCUCCGCCUUCAUCCAGCGCUCGCCGGACACAGACCUCAAGCAGCUGUCCAUGAGCUUCAUGUUCUCUGUGUCGGGCAUCGCGUUCGGCUACCUGCAGCCCCAGGGCGCAACGGCGGCGCGGGCGGCGGCGCGCGACGCGGCGCAGGCGCAGGCGGACGCCGCAAUGGCUGCGGCGGCAGCCGGCGUCCCCGGCGCAUAGGCGGCGAGCAGUGUGUCAGGUUGUGUGGUGCAGGGGAUGGGCGGGCCUUUCCGGGGGCCGUGUUGUGACGGGUCGGGCUGAAGCCUGUACGUGUGGGGAGUUUAUGUCCGUUUACAGGGCGUGCUGUGUAGAGCGCCGAUGCAUGUGGCGUUUGCUGAGGAGUGGGGAGUUUUAGGACUGUGUUACGAGGUGAUGGUCCUUCCUACGUCCGGAGCUUUCUGUGACACGGACGAUGCAGUCUUGGGCUUGUAUGUAGCAGUCUAGCACAGCGCGCAGCAGGCAGGCAGGCAGCAAGCGAUGCAGCUGUAGGUGAUCUCGUGACGCACUGCAGGACGAGGGCGCGGGCAGGAUGAGGGCACGACAGCGUCACUGUAACACGGCAUGAGU